AUGGUAUUCUUCACGUUUCAAUAUUUAAGUUACCAGUCCACUGUGACUGACGUGUGUGAUAAUGAGAGAAUUUUCCAAGCAUACCACUACUGCUCUUAUGCAUCGCACUACGGAUUGGAUGUUGAGUCAUGCAAUCUGCAAUGUAGGAAGUUGUCCUACGAUUGUUCAGCUUUGAUAGACACCGUUAUUUGCAUGUGUGGUGAUAUUCCAACGGAUAUGGUGGGAAACUCAUACACUUGUCCCAUAUCCCCGAUUGAAAUUCGGUGUAGACCUGGAAAGGGAGUCACUGCUGUGAUUGACGCAACUCUGGGGACUUUGAUCCCAACUUUGGUAGGUGGUGCACAACGAAUAAACUUGGGAUAUCAAGUGGUGCCCACCGAAGUGACAAAUCGCCUAAAUGACAUGACUCUAACCAUGAAAAUACUACCAGAAUCUCUAUUGGAAACUCUUGGAAAACCUCCCCCAUCUGAAAUCAAUUUCAUCUCGUCCGUUCCACAGUCACGAGAUAUCCAAUUCAGUCUCAAUUAUGAAAAUACUAAGGUUGCUAUGAAUUCCUACAAAGUGGAAUUCAAUAGAACAAUCUCAAUUGAGAGAUUGAGUUUCGCCUGUCCAGAAAAUGUUCGGAAGAAUGAAUACUUCAAUUGUCACCUCAUUGCUGAAAGUGUUGGUGGAUUCGACGGAAAGGUGACGUGGGGAAAUCAGCUGAGCCCAGACUUCCAUUUUCCAAGUAAAAUCAUGGAUUACAUCGGAACUGAAAAUGUCUACUCUGGGAGUAACUUGCCUCAUUGCAGUGAAAGUGGUCUAAUUAUCACAGGAACCCAAGCCAUGUAUGCAGGAGACGUACAGGAGAUAUUUCUUCAUCUCAAGGCCAAAACGGCACUGAAAAUUUUCAUCCUACGUGCAGCCUGUGAUAGUGGGAAAGUCUAUGACUACUUAACUGAUGCCUGCCAGAUGGCACCAUUCGAUGGCACCCCAUGCGCUCCAAACGAAGUUUACACACCGAUAUACCGCGUCUGCUUCAGCUCUACUCAAAAUGUCACCAAAAGAAAUAUUAAGCAGGAUGCUCCAAAUACCGACACUACGAUUCCUUACAUGAUCGUUAAGGUGCUGCCGGUGGAUGCAAGCGAGUCUGGACUACAGAGUUUCGUGCUUCAGAAGCCAUUCAGGGUAGAAGUCGGAGAUCGAAUUGCCCUACUGACGGAUAAGGAAGAUGCAAUUGCUUGUACAGCAUCGUCUUCAACUUCACCUGCUGAUCUUGUCUACAAUAUUCAACCAGGCAUUGGUCUAAUUGAAGGCACGAAAAUAAGUGGGUUCACACGAUUGAGGCAAAAGCGAUUUAAGAUAUCCGCUGCUAUAGCGACACUUCAAAAUUCAAUGGUCUUUGAGGGUCGUUUGGAGACUGCCGGUGCAAAGAAGGUAGUAGCUACAAUCAACGUUGAUCCGCAUGCUGAAGUACCCCUACUCAAGGACUUAACUUGCACUGUCAACGUCGUUGCUCCACUUGUUACACCGAAUCUCACAAGGAGUCUUUUCGAUCGGAGCAAGAGUGAACUUCUUCUACUCACUCUUGAUCAAGAGAGUGAAGUUACUUACAUCUGGGAAUUUGGAGAUGGAUCGCAGGCAAAAACUUCCAGCGAAGCUAGAAUUAGUCAUAUGUUUCAAAGAGUUGGGCAAUUAACUCUUACAGUAACGAUCACGACCGCCUUUGAGGUUGCUUCUCAUCAAUACUUAAUCGAGACCUACGAAGCAGUGUCUCUGGGUGACUUGAGAGUCGAAACCUCCUCUCCAUUGUCAUCCAAAGCACCUAUCGAUGUUGUAGUCGAUGUGGUAGGCGGUUCAAAUGUAACCUAUGCCUGGUUCGUCAAUCAGAGUAAGGCGUUUGUUACCCAGAUUCCGGCAGCCAGUAUCACGUUUGAUCAUGCAGGCAGCUACCAUGUGAGCGUGACAGCAAGCAACGCCUUCAGUAGUGCGGAAGCAACGACGACAGUCCACAUUGUUGCCACACUCUCAGGUUUGGAUCUCAAAUAUGACAGUAUCGCCGUUGAAACGAAAUCAGUUUUAACCUUCAUUUACACUGAUGGAAUUCCCACUAGCGGUGAAAUAUCAGUGGAUUCUGGUGAAUGGAGACCUGUGAAACUAAACCUUGCUGAAAGGGUGUUUUACUCCGAACCUAUGAUUUUCCAAGCUAUUGGACAGCAUAAAGUCUCCAUUGAAUUGUGUAGUGAACGAGGCUCCAUGCAAAGGAUAUUUGAUUUCUGGGUGGAAAAAGUACCUAUUCAUUACUCUAUUGAAUCAAAUGAAAAAAAAAUACCUGUAAAUACUCCAAUAACUCUGACAUCUCGAAUUCAAGGUGUUGGCAGUGGAGGUGUGAUUGAAGUAUUUGAUGAAUAUGGCUAUUUCGAUACUCGAAAUGUUGGUCGUAAUGUUUUAAUUUCACCCCAAUUCACUCACCAACAUCCCGGUUUCUCCAAUCUCGGUACAUAUGUGCUCCACGGAAGUUUAACUAUUGGUUCUGUCAACUUGUCAAAUAUUGAAAUUAUCUAUGUCAUGCCACCACUUGGUGCCUACCUCCUGCAAGUGAAUCAAACUCGUGUUGCUGAAAAUGAAGAGCUAAUUGCGAAAAUAGUUCUUAUAAGUGGCCAAGAAAGUCCAUGUCUAGACGUAUCAAUUGACUGGGACGAUGGAACUGAGCCAACUACCUUGGCUUACUAUCAAUUGUAUGCACCAAUAAAACAUACCUACACUAAGGGAGGACAAUACUCCAUACAAACUGUGGUAGAACAAAAUUCAGUGAAAGAAACCCUCCAUGAUGUCCUUGUUGAAAUUGGUCCUGGACUUUCUAAUGUGUUUUGCAGUGUCAGUCCAAGUAGUUAUAUUACUGUCGGAGAUUAUUUCGAAUUGGUAGGUGAAUUUUACAGCAGCAGAAGUGUGGAGGUUACUAUUGAUGAACCGGGAGGUAUGGCCCCAACGAAAAUUACUGCUUCUACAUCUCCCUGGUCAUAUGCUCCAAGUCCGAAACCUCAAGGCAUAUGGACAUACACCAUCUUUAUGACCAACGGUUUUUCCUCGCAUAGUUACAAUCUGACAGUUGAGAUCCAAAAUCAAGUCACUGAUUUUUCAGCCUACAUUGAAGAGGAGAAUGUCGGUCCACCAGGUGAUCUGAUUUUGCACGUUAUCGAUCGAGGAGUGGCUGGUGCGAGGUCGAGUACAUAUGAAGUUAAUGUUAACUGGGCUAACGAGAAUAUCACAACGGCCUCAAUGAAUAGCACAGUCAAUGAUCUUCAACUCAAUCAUCGAAUGUCGAAAGAGGGCAACCUCGCCCUUAAUAUCAGUGUGAGGAAUAGAGCUUCAUCUCAGCAUAUAACAUUGCCAUUUAGUUUCUUCAGACCCAUCAUCGUAGCCUCAGUACAGACCUACAUCGACCAAUUGAAUGUUACUGGUUAUGGAGUAGACGAAGAUUACUUCACACUGGAUGAUAGCAUCCGCUUCGAGUCCGUGUCAGUCGGUGGAACCAUCAAUGCUACAUAUCUUGUCAUCAAAAGGGAACAAGGAGAUGAAGAUGUCAUAUUCAGCAAACUGUACACUACCACAUCUACAGUUUAUAAAAUUUCAGAAUUAGGGAAUUUUAAGGUCAUCGCCAAUAUGAGCAAUACUAUCAACUACUACGUCUUUGUCAAGACCAUCCACGUGACGGGUGUGGUGAGGGGUAUGCGUCUUUCUCCCUCCACAUUAAAUCUUGCUCCAAACGUCCAAGGUGAACUUAGACUCUCCUUUGUUGGUCUUGCUGAUGCAGUUUGUGUAUGUGUGGAUCUUGGAAAUGGUGCUCAUAUCGCUUUCCCACCUGUUGGAGGGUCAAUGUGCCACGAUUGUCCCUCCUAUACCGUUUUAUCUCGACCAAUCGCCAAGAGGUCCUUCACCAUUCCUGUUUUGUACUCUGAAACUCGUGCCUAUACUAUUACGGCUUCUGUGGGCAACACGAUAGACAGCUUAAAUGUAUUUGUCAGUGAGGAUAAUUGCUAUUUGCCUUUUACCUCUCUGGAGACAUCAAGUAUUGGAAGUCCAAAUACUCCAGCUUUGAUUAAAGUUGAUGAUCGACUCACAGUAGUGGCUAAAAGCAAUGGAACCGUGUGCUCAGCAUUUCAAGCAAUGCUCUUCAAGUGGUUGCUCUUUAAGCUGGAUUCACAGACUGCAGAGAGGGUGAGUGAAAUCAAUUUACCCCAACUUCCGUCAGCAGCUAAUUUGAAGAUCACCCUACCACCUGGUCUUCUGAUGCCUGGAUUAUUUGAGGUAAAGUUGGUGGGAAUAUUGAACAAUGUGAUAUCUUACUCUGGAGUUGGCGCCUAUGUUCUUGUUUCUGAAAUGGCUCCUAUCAUUCGGUUUCUGGAAAAUGGAGAAGAAAUGAUGUGGGUCAGCGACAGUAUCACUGAGCUCUGCCUCUCCCCAUUCAAACACUCCUACAAUCCGAAUCUCCAAAAUUCCAAAUCUGGCAAAAGUAUUACAAAUUGGCACAUCUCAUGCUCUCGUCGUGCGAGCACCCUACCAGGUGCAACGACUUCCUGUAACCUUCCAAGCCUUCCCGGAAUGAAUGCUGGUGACUUCUGCAUCAAUAGGACCCUUCUUAAUCUCACCGAUACAUAUUUAUUCAAAGCAACUGCUCGAGUUGGACAACUUAGUGGAGUUGGUAAUUUGCAAGUCACUUUUGUACCUGGUGAUGUGUCGUUGCUGAAAAUAUCAAUGGUUCGACCAGGUUUGGGAAUGAGUGGUAUUUGGGAUGGUGUGACAAGUGUAAGCAAAACGAACGACCUUGCUCUUGAAGGAAGAUGUAGUGGAAAUUGUGCUGGAAAUUUCUUGUGGACUAUUGAAAGAGAAGACCAAUAUGGAACUGCAAUUUCCCUUACACCAGACGAAUUCAAGCUAGCAAGCAAAUAUUUCGACAAGAAAAAUCUGGUCAUUCAGACAGCAUUUUUGAAGAUGUUCAAGAAUAGUUACAAGAUUAUAGUGUGCCUAUUGUUCACAUCUGAUUUGAACACAAAAUCAAGUACUUGCAGAAGAUUCUACAUUGAAGAUCCUCCAAUGAUUGGGAACUGUGAAAUUAAUAAGAACGGUGAAAUUACCAAGGACACAAUUGUGUGCAUCUCUUGUGAAGGAAGUGGAUCUGUCAAGAGACCAGUACUUCAUCGUUUCCAACGUAAGUUAGUAUGA